AUAUGAAAGGAUUGAAAUUCCUAUUCAUGUUGUCCCCCAUGAAACCAUUGGAAAAGUGUGUCUGGAAUCAGCUGUAGAGCUGCCCAAGAUCCUUUGCCAAGAAGAGCAAGAUGCCUACAGGAGAAUUCACAGCCUCACCCAUCUAGACUCCGUAACCAAGAUUCAUAAUGGCUCAGUGUUCACAAAGAACCUCUGCAGCCAGAUGUCUGCCAUCAGUGGGCCGCUCCUUCAGUGGCUGGAGGACAGACUAGAGCAGAACAAACAGCGGGUGCAGGAGCUGCAGCAGGAGAAAGAGCAGCUCCUGGAAGAACUAGCUGCUUUAGAGUGAAGGAGGAAAUGCAGA